AUGUCAGAAGAAUUUCAAGAAUCCGAGGUUACAUUUUCGGAUGAAUAUUUCUCGGGGAACGUCAAAAGCAACAACAAGAGUAGCAACCACGAGAACAACAAAACACAGUCGACGACGACGGAGAAAAAGUCAGCUCCGGUGAGAAUUCCGUCGAGAAGUAUUUUUCGGUGUACGGAGGAGGAAGAGGAGGAGAGUAUGACUCCGCCACAUGUCAUAAUCGGAAAACGAAGAACGGAGACGCAAAUGGCGUUUUCUUUUUGUACUCUUAAAGGAAGAGAGUUGAGUCGUCACCGUAACUCCGUUCUUAGGAUGACCGGUUUUUUGGAAGUUUAA